UCUCCUCCUAAACUGAAACUAUACAUCUAUCAUUUGAUUUCCUUCCUCUGAUCACCCCCAUCUCCAAGCCAUGAAUCUCGUCUUUGUGCUCGCUUUUCUGCAAACCAUCGAUGCAACCGCCAUCACCUCCUUCCUGAAGGCAAGUAACCAAAGAAGCGACAAGUUUAAUUUCGCCAAAAACGUGGAUGACCGGUUGGCAAACCAUGAAGUCCAUGAGGAGAGUGAUGUUGUGGAGACCGAGAGAGGAGGAGCAGCUGAUAACAUUGUGCUGAUCAGUAAAGCUGAGUACACGGAAGUGCAUUGCCUCCCUGGUGCGGCUGGCCCGUUGCGGGUGCGGCAGACGGGUAGCACGCAGGGCUCCCUCGGCAGGAAUGAGAUUUAUACACUAUGA